GGCGCGCGCCGCUUCGAGAGAGGCUUAUUUAUCAGAGAGCGCCGUAGUUUUUCAGCGCCGCCUUUAGCAGAAGUCUCGGAAGGAUGGGAAGAGUUGAAGGCAUGGAGCCGGAGGAGAAGUUGAGGGUGCUGGUGGUGGACGACUCCCCCGUCGACCGGAAGAUCGUCCAGCUGCUCCUCAACAACCACAGGGGCAGCGCCUUCCACGUUACGGUCGUGGACAGCGGCAAGAAGGCGAUGGAGCUCCUCGGGCAGAAGCCGCAAGCCCAAGAGGAGCAGCAGAGGAGGAGCAUCGACAUCGUGCUCACUGACUACUGCAUGCCGGAGAUGACCGGCUACGACCUUCUCAAGGCCAUCAAGGCGCUCAACUCGCCGAACCCGAUCCCGGUCGUCGUCAUGUCGUCGGAGAACGAGCCCCAGCGGAUCAACAGAUGCCUGACGGCGGGUGCGGAAGAUUUCAUCGUCAAGCCUCUCCGGACCAAAGACGUGCAGCGCCUGCGAAACAGCUGCUCCGCCUUCAAGCCCGCCAACAAAGACGUGGCCUCGGAGUCGGAGUCGGAGCAGAGGCCACACCCGCUGGCAGGAGGAUUAGCCAUGGUGCUGAAGGCGUCCUCGAGCGUGGAGCUGCUGUCGCACUACGUGCAGUUCCUGCUCAAGUUCCUCCUGCUGGCGUACGCGGCGCUGUGCCUGGCCGAGCUCCUCCACAGGUGGCUGCUCCAAUCCAACGCCUGCUUCAGCUCCUCCAAUGGCAUCAUGACCGUUUAAUUUCCCUUUCCUUCCAUGAUCAUCUCAUCAAUUAGGUAGUGUUCUAUAGCUUAUUUGUUUUUUGAGAUGGUAGCUGCUGGCCGGUUUCGGGUCAUGGAUGGCACCGGGCCGGGCCGGGGGAUUAAUUAACUGUCGAGACGAUGGAAGAUUAUCAGCAGACUGCUGCUGGAAGAUAUGCUCUGUAAACUUGCAUGAUAUGAUUUGGGUGGGUAUCUGAUGUCGCUUUUUAAACGA